UGCUUGCAUUCGUCGUGCGUCUCGUUGGUCUCGUUGUGUCGUAUUAGAAAAAAAAAAUCAUUUUAGUUCCGUUUGUUUUAAGUGGAUUGGCGUUUUAUUGCAGUUGAAUUCAACCAUUGCGCGUCAUUUUCAUUGUUUCAUUCAAUAUAUACGAUCAUUGUGCUCUUAAAACGUAAAGCAUGAAUUAUUCGCCGUCGAAGCCCAUUCCGCUGCUUCCCUCUAGCCCUCAGGAGAGCCCCAAUCAAAGCUCUAAACGUAAGCUAUCCACGUCGGAUGUUGACUGUACCUCGUGUAACUUGGUGGCCAAAAUACCGAUUUUGUGCAUUGGUUGUUACGAUUAUUUCUGCGAUAAUUGUAUCAAUUUGCUGGAGAGGAAAUGUUUGCGGUGCAAAACGAACCCAUCCCCCGGUUCACCGAAGUGCCAGGUUCACGAUAAAGAAUUGAAUUUCUUCUGCUUGACCUGUCAGAAGGAAACAUGCGCUGAAUGUAUUUUGGAUGUCAAAGAUCAUAAGAGGCAUAUUUUCGAUCGUUUAGACGCGGUUUACUUGGAGAAGCACGCUAUUACAAACGAAAAAAUCAAAGAGAUCGAACUGCAAAUCGAAAUGCUCGAGAAACAAACGGAAGAGUCUGAGAAGAAUCUGACAUUGAUCAAGCUCACAGAAGAACGCAUAAUGACAGAAUUACAAGCACUCUUUGAUAUGGCCAAAAGUGAAGUAAGCGAGAUUGGACAAGAAAAACGUGAAGAACUUGAGAAACGCAUCCAACUUCCGAUCGAACGUAGAGCAUCAGUGAAACAACUACAGGACGACAUCGAAGCGAUUGGUCAUUUCAAUUUUAUAAAACAACAGGAACGCUUCAACGCAGAGUGCGACAAACUACUAGAACAAUGCAAAGAGUUUUCGACGGAUUUUAUUGACCAUUACGACAUUGGUUGUGAGUUGAUCCCUGCCACAAAACUGACCACUUACAGUAUUGAUUGUGUUGACGAAAAACAUGAAACACUGAAUCUAACACUUGAUGACAGUACCGGUGACACCUGGAAAAUGUCCGUUACCAAAGGAGAGCUGCUUAGUCUCAUUGUUGCUCCAAAUGAAAAUGUUCCCUUGAUUACUAGCCAUAAAUUCAAAGUAACCACCGAGAUAUCUCACAACGACAUCUCAAAAUCUCUCCGAAAGCGCUUUGUGAUUCAAAGAAAAAUGAUGCAAUUCGAACUGGCUACUAUUGAUCAGCUCACCUCAGGAGGAUAUCUGGAAAGCGGUAGUAUGACCUUACAUAUCGCCAUCGAACCAUUAAACGUUGUGGAGGCUUACGAUUAUUACAAAGAUAAGGCUGUACUCCUAAAGAAAUCCCUCAUUCACCACAAAAACUUGUUGAAUGCUUCGAACGAAUCAUGCGAUGCCACGAAGAAAGAUACUGAGAAAAACUUCUCGGUCGGGUACUAUUUGUUGGAUUACAGCAGCAUUCAGAAACAAGCUAAAAGCGGCUUUAUCUCUCCCAACAUUAUCGACUUCAAUGGCAAUGAAUGGAAGAUGGAAAUCAAAUUCGAUCGUGAUGAGUCUAACAAGAUUCUACUGAGUGCUUACAUCUUUCCUGCUCGCAUCAUCACCACCAGCGAAAAUUCACGACGCUGCGCAUAUUUCAUCGAACUCAUGCAUUCCAAUCCAGAUGAGAUAAUCCGAGGCUUUGCUGAGAAUUUGUUCGAUGAAAGUGGUUUGGGCCGCGGAUGGAAAGGAUUUGUCGAACGUUUGCGUGUUCUGAAUGACGUAGGUUUUGUGCGAAAUGGAAAAAUUUCGUUCCGUUACGGAGUUCGCCCUUCGGCGUAAAUUUUGCAAUAUCGUCAAUGUGUUUUUUUUUCUUUUUCGUAUGGUUUUCACAAGAAUGAAUACUUACUUUUAUUUCAUGCAAAAAUAUCGACAAAUGCGAUAUUUAUAACGAUUAUCACAUUGUUGCUGUGAAUUAUUUUUAUGACCGUAAAUUUGAGAGAGAAAAUAAUUUUAAACAACAUUUAAUGUAAAUCCUUCCGUUGAUCCGUUGAUAUUUUUGGAAAGCGAAAACAAUGCAUCAAACAUGUAAAGUUUCAGAAUACCAUACCUUUUUUGCGGUAUAAGGCACUGAAUCAACGAAUAUUUCAGCAAAACAGAAAAAUAAUUUACCUAUAAAUAAAUUUUCAAAAUAAUU